UAGAGGAGACUCACGAUGUCGCCACCAGCUGUAGUAGAUUAUGUGUCGACAUCCACCCACUGAUAUCGACGCACAAUGUGACUCAAUGUGCUGCAUUUUAUCGGCCAGACAGGAAGAGUCUUGGUCUUCGGAUUGUGUUGUUUUUGGUUUAUAUCCUUCAUUUUUUUGGCGUUGGGCUUGAACACUGGCAAGGGAACGUUAACUGUUUUAGAUCGGCGACAUGCUGCUUAUCAUAGGGCUCACAUUACAAAGCUGUGCCUUUGCUUUACUGCUGAUUUCUUUUGAUUUUGCCUAUGGAGAUGUAAGCUAUUCUUUUCCUGAGGAGAUGAGACGCGGAUCUGUCAUCGGAAAUAUUGUCAAAGACUUAGGCCUUGAACCAAGCAGGCUAUCCGCUCGAAAGGCUCGCAUUGAUACCGAUGGGAGCGACAAACGUUAUUGUGAUUUAAACCUCAAAAACGGGGAUCUGACAGCUUCCGGGAGGAUUGACCGAGAGGGCCUUUGUGGAGACAAAGCAUCCUGCGUUUUAAAACAAGAACUCAUGUUAGAAAAUCCAUUAGAAUUACAUCGAAUUAGUCUGCAUGUCCAGGACAUUAAUGAUAACUCUCCCCGAUUUAAUAAAGAUUUGAUACAUAUAGAUAUAAGUGAAUCCGCGUCAAAAGGUGCCCGUUUUCCAAUAGAAGAAGCACAUGAUGCCGAUAUAGGCAAAUAUUCAGUUCAGACGUACAACCUCCAAAGCAAUGACAAUUUUAUUCUGGGCGUUGGAACAAAUUCUGUGGAACUUGUCCUUAACAAAGAGCUUGACCGCGAAAUAUUGAAGGAAAUCAAUCUAAUUCUUACAGCGUUGGAUGGUGGUUCUCCUCAGAGAUCAGGUACUGUAGUCAUUCACAUCACUGUACUGGAUGCUAAUGAUAACGUCCCAGUGUUCAGCCAGGCCGUUUAUAAAGCCAGUCUGCCUGAAAACUCUCAACCUGGUACUGUAGUGCUGACCGUGAGUGCUAGUGAUGCCGAUGAGGGACUCAAUGGAGAAGUUACAUAUGAUUUUGGACACAUUUCGGAAGAUAUUAGGUCAAUGUUUACCAUAGAUCACAAGACAGGUGAUAUAAAAGUAACUACCACAGUUGAUUUUGAAACGGCGUCAUUGUUUGAACUGCGCGUCACAGCAAAAGAUGGUUUGGGAUUAACCUCGUAUGCCAAAGUCAUCAUAGAUGUUUCAGAUGUAAAUGAUAACGCCCCAGUUAUAUAUCUGAAAUCCCUGACUAACCCCAUACCUGAGAACGUGUCAUCUGGUACAGAGGUGGGCAUCAUUAACGUGCAGGACAGAGACUCUGAGAAUAACAGACAGGUCCGCUGCUCCAUUCACCAAAACGUCCCUUUUAAGUUGGUCCCUUCUAUUAAAAACUAUUAUUCUCUGGUGACCACAGGACAACUGGACCGUGAACUAGUGUCUGAUUACAACAUUACAAUCACUGCCACUGACGAGGGCUCUCCACCUCUGUCCUCCUCUAAAACUGUUCAGUUAUCUGUAGCAGACAUCAACGACAACCCACCUGUGUUUGAGGAACAGUCGUACAGCGCAUAUGUGACUGAAAAUAACAAACCCGGCUCCACUUUAUGUUCCGUUACUGCUCGAGACCCUGACUGGAGACAAAACGGUACAGUGAUUUAUUCUCUGUUACCCGGUGAGGUGAACGGUGCCCCGGUGUCCUCCUAUCUGUCUGUUAACGGAGACACAGGGGUGAUCCGCGCUGUGAGGUCGUUUGAUUAUGAACAGUUCAGGAGUUUUAAAGUCCACGUGAUGGCCAGAGACAACGGUUCUCCU